ACGUGGGCGCAUGCGCACUGCCAUACACAAAACGUUUGCAGAGCAGUAGCCGCACAAGUCCACAGUCUCUAAAUAAGAAAAGCGGAGAAUUUGUUCUGAAAUGUUUCGCAGGAAACUGACUGCGCUAGAUUACCAUGACCCGAACGGAUUUGAGUGCUCAGAUGAAACCCAGUUCAGGAACUGCAUCGUGUGGCUGGAGGACCAGAAGAUCCGACACUAUAAGAUCGAGGACAGAGGCAACCUCAGGAACAUUCCCAGUUCAGACUGGCCCAAAGCUUAUGAGAAGUACCUGCUGGAUCUGAACUGUCCCUUUGGAGUUCAGGAGAAGAAGGAGGCCCUGGACUGGCUGCUGGGUCUGGCUGUACGCUACGAAUAUGGAGACAAUGUUGAAAAGUAUAAGAACUGUCAGCCGCUGGACUCGUCCAGUAACAGCGAUAAAGCCGUGGAUCCUCUCGUCAACCUCGACAGUAACUCCCCAGAUUUUAAAGCAGGAGUCACAGCAUUGGCCAACAUCCUCAAAAUCCAGCGGCAUGACGAUUACCUGGUCAUGCUAAAGGCCAUCCGAAUCCUGAUCCAGGAGAGACUUUCACCAGAGGCCAUCGCUAAGGCCAGCCAGAACAGAGAGGGUGUUCCGGUCGCUUUGGAUAAACACAUUCUGGGUUUCGACACUGGAGACGCGACCCUGAACGAAGCGGCCCAGAUUCUGCGACUGCUGCACAUCGAGGAGCUGCGGGAGCUGCAGACGAAGAUCAACGAGGCCAUCGUCGCCGUCCAGGCCAUCAUAGCCGACCCCAAGACGGACCACCGCCUGGGCAAGGUCGGCAGAUGAAAGGCCAAGGUCGCUGGAGUUGAUUUGCAGAGAAAAGCGACUUUUUUUGUUCAAAGACAUCUGAAGGAAAUGUUUUUUUUUUUUUUCGGUUGUUUCAUGAGAUGGGCCAAUUUGGACAAACGGAGCAAAGGUCCAAGUUUCAGAUGCAAAGAUUUGUUUUCUUAAAGAAGGGAAACUGUUGUUGGUAAAGAAAUAAAAUUCCUCAAAGGUGGAGGAUUGUGUUGAA